AGGUCCUAGAAUAAGCCGCCGGACUGCGGAGAUCAAGACCCGGUGGAUUUCCCUAAUCUUCCUUUUGUCAUUUUCGUUACUGGGCCCGCGUCGCCGCGAAACCUGUUUCAUGUUAGCCAUUCCAGAGGCAUAACACUGUUUUUAACUCGGAUGCAGCCAGGCCAGGGAUGGAUCGGGGACCUGGUACGGCGUCGGGAGGGAGUUUCAUAUCCAUAAGUGAAAACGAGCAGAGAUGUUACUCGGGUCUGUCCACUUUGUGUCAAGCUGACAGCUCUGGAAAACUAGCGGCGAGCAAAGUCGGGGAGCUUUUCAGGGCGUCGCAGCUACCUGCCGAGACCUUACAUCAAAUCACAGAUGUGUGUGGGGCCAAAAGACUGGGCUACUUUGGGUCGGGCCAGUUCUACGUGGCGCUGAAGCUGCUAGCGGCAGCACAGGCUGGGCUUCCAGUGAGCCUGGAGAGCAUCAAGGAAGAGCUGCCCCUUCCCCGAUUCGCCGACAUGAAAGAUGACCGAGACCCCCGGUACCCCAGUCGCUCUCAGAGCAGUGACACCCCCAGCCACCAGUCUGCCGCGGCGUCAGAGUCUGUCCCACGGGCCCCGAUGGACCGGGGUGCUGUCAGACACCAGGGCUCCAUCUCCGAGCGAAAGGAGCCUUGGUCGCCACCACCCUCACCUUGCAGGUCUCCGCCGGACUCUCCACUGAGCUAUCACAGCUACGCCUACAGCAUUCCGCGGAACGGAGCAGAUGCUCAUUUAGGUCAGACCCCGGGAGUCUCGGUCUGGGCCCAGGACACCUCCUCCCCGCUCCACUAUGGGGCCAAACCCCCCAUGGAGCACACCUCCUCACGUCAUUCUGCAGAAAGGCCAGUGGAUCACGGGAUAGUGGAUUACCCCGACGACCCCUGGAGGAUAACGCCGGAACAGCGGGAGUAUUACACUAACCAGUUCAGAAGCGUGCAGCCUGACCUGGGAGCGCUCAUCCUGGGGUCUGUAGCGAGGAACUUCUUCACAAAAUCUAAGCUCCCCAUUCCAGAACUUUCUCACAUAUGGGAGCUGAGCGACAUGGACCGCGAUGGGGCCCUGACCUUGGCUGAGUUCUGCACCGCCUUCCACCUCAUCGUGGCGCGCAAGAAUGGGUACCCCCUCCCCGAGAGUCUGCCCCCCUCCCUGCUGCCCAGCUUUGCGGAGAAGGACGCAGCUCCCCCAAAAUUGGUGAGUGAGGACAUGUUCUUCGAGACAUCUGGAGCUCCACAGCAGACAGACCUUGUCCUUGCUGAGCGGACAGAGCCUCUCAUCUCCUUCGAGGAGCCUGAUCCAGGGCCAUCCCUCCAGGAAAAGAGUGAAUCAGAACAUAAGGCCCUUCUGUCUGAGAUGAUCACCCCCAAGCAGGACUUGGCUGAAGAACUUCCUCAGUCAGCAUUCAGUCCGAAGAGGGCGCCAGUCACAACAGAUCAAGAGAAGCCUCCGGAACGUUUCCAUAGAGCACCAGAGCAAGAUCCUCCGCACGAACCAGAGCCUCACGUAAGAUCGCGAGCACGGCCGAGGUCCUAUUCCAGCACCUCCAUCGAGGAGGCCAUGAAGAAGGCUGAGCAGCCGCCCACGCCUCCACCCCGGCCCCAGAAGAGCCACUCGCGGGCCUCCUCACUGGACCUCAACAGGCUCUUCCAGCAGGGCACUCACGGGCUGAAGAGUGGAUACCUGCCGCACCCCCCAGCACUUCCUCCCAGACCGACAGCCACACAGAUACCGCACGUCCCUCCCAGCACCGAGCAGAGCUCCCAGAAGGCCGUGCGUCAGCCAGACUUUGCUGACUUUGACAGAUUCAGAGAAGAGCCCCCCCAGGAAAUGGGUCUGCUCCAGCCCCCCCAGAAACCACUGCGCAGGAAGUAUCACCCCGAGAGCCAGGCCCGGGACCCGGCACAGACCUUCGGCUCGCCCGCACACCCCCCCGGCGGGAACAGACCCCCCCAAAAGCUGUCCUCGGGGCAGAAGAAGGACGUCCAGCUGGCCAUCCGCAAGAACAAGGAGACCAACGCCGUCCUCAUGAGACUCAACAGCGAGCUCCAGCAGCAGCUGAAGUCCAUCAAGAGAGGAUCCACUUGGAGAACCAGCUGGAGAUCCUGCGUCCUGCAGCCAUGUGACCAACCUCAAGGGUCAGACAGAGAUGUGGACAGACCUCUCCUCUGGGAGUUUGCCUGCUCAGGGCUGUGGUCUCACCUGGGCCAGCUGGUGUCCUCCUGGUCAUUCUGCACUCUCUGUGCCGGGUUAUGCUGUAUGUGCCGACACGUUGACAUGUUUGUAACAAGGCCCCCGUGAACCAGGACACAUCAAAGGCCUGACAUGCAGAACAAGCCCAGCGGGCUUCAAAGGGCAAAGGUCAAAUACACUGUAGUCAAAAGAAGCAGCGAAGAUGGGAUUCAGAUCCUCAUCCGGAGAACCAUCUCCGUAUCUGUGAGUCCAACAGGUCAACCUCUGGUUGCAUUAAGGUUUUAUAUAUAAUAUCUCAUAUUCUUUUAAUUCCAACACUGCUUUUUUAACUUCAAAUCAGAGAAUAAUUUUUAAAGAUGUAUUUGUCCUUGUUUUGGAGACUCCUGGUGUCGGCUUGUAAGAGGGUGCAGAGUAAUUUCUGUGACUCAGGUCCGACUUUGUGCACCGAUAAGAUAAAUGUAUGUGUCCUCAGAUUUAAUUGCACUCCCCCGCAGAACAAUUAAAAAGCUGAACAGAUAGAAAGGUGCUGAUUUGUAGCACAAACCCAACAGUAACAUUUUUCAUGAAGAACUUGGGGAUUGUGAAUGUUAAAUAUGUGUCAUUUCAUUCUGGAUUUCCUAAAUGUCCAGUCAGAGGUAACAUUCUGCUGAAAGUCUGGUGGAAGGCAGGACCGCAAAACUGCCCCAGCUUCCGCAGGGAGGGCAGAUACAAGUGCUCCAGAAGGAGGUGAGGGAUUGACGUCAGUCCCAUAGAGAUGCUGGGUCUCUGCCCAUGGACAGCAGAGAUAAAAACCAGUCACUUGAGAUGCAGCAGCCCUACGAAGCUCAAGAUGUUUGAAUUUAGAGGUUUCGGGUUUUUUUGCCGCGGUCACAUCUAGUGACGGUAUUGAGCCUCAAAUUUCUGGACUUUCUUUUUUCUGGAUUUUUCAAGAAAUCGGACCAUUUUAGAGCUAAACGUGUCGACCAGGAGUCCAAGAGCACAACAUAAAGGUGGAGAAGCACAUUCUAUUAGAGUUCAGAGCUGCUGCCUUCCAUGCUGUGGUCUGGGGUUAGGGUCCGUACCCACCUCGUCCUGCUCGGACUGCAGCCCUUAUCCGUGCCAAGAGAGGAAAACCAGCAACAGAGAGGUUUAUAACCCCCCCGCUCCCGCCCGUCGUUUGCUGAUCUGCUCUCCAGUCCCGCGUGUGCAAGCAGAGUCUUGUCUGUGUUCUCAGUAACGGUUUGUGCAUCUUGAUGGGGCUGAGAGCGUUUCCAGUUUCAAGCUCCACUGCGGGCGAUAGAGAAUGCUUCUUCCUGUUAUUCUUAAAUACGUUACCUAGCAUGUUUCAAGCCAAAUGUUGACGCAUAAAGUUUAAACUGAAAGGACAAAGGCGGUUGUGUGCAUCUCCUAGCAGUGAUGGGGGUUUUCACGUUUAACAGUGUGGGUUAGGGUUACUGCUGUCAGCUUAAUUUAGCAAAACACCCUCCUGGGUGUGAAGCACAACUGCAUUACAUGGGUGCUCAUCCGGAUUAGCUAGUGAUACGUGAACUGCUGAAAGUGAACGCUUUUCACGUGAUCUGACUGAAUUUAUGCCAAACCAAACCGAUACAGUUACUGUCAUGUCGGACUCUUGGAACACCGCCCCCCCCACCACCACCAUAAACCACCAUAAAAGGACAAUCCUUUAAAUGACCAACAGAAAAAAAUGUAAGUUUUAGAAAGACAGCAAGAGCAAAAUGGUUUAAAAAAAAUUUGAGUACAAGUAUGAUUAUUGCUGUAUCUAAAUCUCUAUGCAAAUGCGCUGGUGCUGAGAGAGCCGGCUUCAGUCUGACGUGUCUCUGUGCCGCCGUACAUGUGCAUAUGUACCAACAAAAGGUGUUUAAUGUAUGCAAGUGGCUUCAUUUAAAGAGUUACCAACAGAAAGACACACUGAUCUGUAUGCCAAAAUGCAUUCUGGGAAAUAUAACAAUAAAGACGGAAUUACUGGAAACAUUUGGACCUAAUGUUCAGUAUUAAAUGUUCUUUUCUUCACCAAAAUCGAAAUUUUUCUCCCUUAAUCAUAAUGAUAUUUUACUGGAUCUUGUUGCUUAAGUCUCCCACAAUAAUGCCGGAACUCACAACCUCUGUGUCCUCAUUUGCGAUUUGUCUACUUCA